CCAACGCAUCUAGUCAACCACACACGCCCAACAUGUCCAACCCCCGCAUUGAAGAGCUCCCCGACGAGCCCGAGAAGAAGAACGUCCAGAUCGAGGAGGAUGAGUCGAGCGACGAGUCCGAGGGCGAGGAGGGCGAGGUCAACGUGCCCGCGGGCUCCUCGGUCGCUGUCCACUCUCGCAACGAGAAGAAGGCUCGCAAGGCCAUUGCUAAGCUCGGACUGAAGCACAUUGAUGGCAUCACCCGUGUGACCCUGCGCCGACCAAAGAACAUCCUCUUCGUUAUCAACCAGCCCGACGUCUACAAGUCUCCCUCAAGCAACACCUGGAUCAUCUUCGGUGAGGCCAAGAUCGAGGACUUGAACUCCCAGGCCCAGGCUUCCGCCGCCCAGCAGCUCGCCCAGGCCGAGGCUCACUCCCACGACCACGCCGGCCACGACCACGGCGACGAGUCCGGCAAGGGCAAGGGCAAAGCUGCCGAGGACAAGAAGGAGGAGGAAGAGGAGGACGAUGACGAAGAGGUUGACGACUCUGGCCUCGAGGGCAAGGACAUUGAGCUUGUCAUGCAGCAGGCCAGCGUCUCCCGAAAGAAGGCCGUCAAGGCCCUUAAGGAGAACGACAACGACAUCGUAAACUCCAUUAUGGCGCUGAGCAUAUAGACUACCCAAGUCUAGGUGGCUAGGUGUGCGAGGUGGACGAUGACUUCCCAGGCAUUGCAAAGUCGAAAGACUGCUUGCUCGCUCAUGUAAAAGAAUCUAUCAACAUGAAUCUCGAUGAGCCAGUGUACAUUGCAGCACUCUGGUGCAUUUGCGGGACGCCUAGAAACUUGUGAGCUGACACUAAUGGACGUUUGUGGAUGUUAGG